AUGUGGCUCUACAGUUUCCUGCUCAGUUUGGAUUUUAAAUCAAUUGCACUGUUUUUGAUUAUAUUCAUAUUGAUCGCAGAUUAUGUCAAAAACAGGAGUCCUCCAAACUACCCUCCUGGACCACGAGGUUUGCCAGUUCUGGGAAACUUUCUGGAUUCUGACCCUAAAUUCCCACAUUUGAGCUUUUCGAAGUUAGCUGAAACCUAUGGAAAUGUCUUCAGCUUCCGUUUUGGCAGCGAUAAGUUAGUGUUUGUCACUGGAUACAAGAUGGUGAAGGAAGCACUGGUGAAUCAAGCUGACAUCUUUGCGGAACGUCCCUUCAGCCCAAUGGGCGACAGGUUCUACUCAUCAACAGGGGGGGGUAUCUUCUUGAGCAAUGGUGUCAAGUGGAGAAAUCACAGACGAUUUGCUUUAUCCACUUUGAGAAGCUUUGGUCUGGGAAAAAGCAGCAUGGACCUGUGCAUCCGUCAGGAGAUCCAGUGUCUGCAGGACGAGAUCCAGAACUACAAAGGGGAGCCAUUCACACCUGCUGGACUUUUCAAUAAUGCCGUAUCCAACAUAAUCUGUCAGCUGGUGAUGGGGAAACGUUUUGACUACAGCAACGAUAAAUUUCAAACUAUGCUCCGUUAUUUAGCUGAAACCCUUUAUCUUGAAGGCACAGUGUGGGCGCAGCUGUACGAGUCGUUUCCUUGGCUCAUGAAGCGCCUGCCUGGUCCACACAACAAAAUGUUUCAUAACAUUGAUAAGAUUAUUGAGUUCAUCAUGGAGGAGGUUGAAAGCCACAAGAAGGACCUAGACCCCAAUAACCCACGCGACUACAUCGACACGUUCAUUAUGGAGAUGCAAAAUCAUAAAGACUCUGAUGACGGCUUUGAUGAGACCAAUUUGGCCUUUUGUGCCAUGGACCUGUUCUUAGCUGGGACAGAGACCACCUCCACCACUCUGCAGUGGGCCCUGAUUUACCUCAUUAAACAUCCGGAGGUUCAGGAAAAAGUCCAGGCUGAAAUAGACAGAGUGAUUGGACAGAAUCGUUUGCCCACUAUGGGAGAUCGGGCCAAUCUUCCCUACACUGACGCUGUCGUGCAUGAGAUUCAGAGAAUAGGAGACAUUGUGCCCCUCAAUGGACUAAGAAUUACCUCUCAGGACACCACCCUGGGAGGAUACUUCAUACCGAAGGGAACCGCCAUCAUGCCCAUGCUGCACUCUGUGCUAUUUGACAAGACUGAGUGGGAGAGUCCCGACACAUUUACCCCAGAACACUUUCUGGACAAAGACGGAAAGUUUAGAAAAAGAGAUGCUCUGAUGCCUUUCUCAGCAGGGAAACGCGUCUGUCUGGGAGAGAGCCUUGCAAAAAUGGAGCUGUUUCUGUUUAUGGUUGGUUUGCUGCAAAAGUUUUCAUUUUACGUUUCGGACGGAGUGGAGCUGAGGACCGACGGUGUGAGCGGGGCGACACGUGUCCCACACCCCUUCAAAGUUCAAGCUAAAGUUCGCUAG